AUGAGAUUGGAUUUCGGGACAUCAACAAAUAAUGAGAAUAUGCGAGUUAAUGUGCCACAAACACUUUCAUUCAACGUAUUUCAAAACAGAGUAAAUACUAUAGGAAAUGAAGUUAAAGAAUGUGUAAAACGUCAUUCGGAUACCCACGACUUCACUCCUACACUGAAGAGAAGACGAUUUCAAUGCUUCACAUCAACACCCAAACCAGAAGUGACAACUCUUAGCCCAAUAUCCAGCAUCAUACAAGCUGUUGAUAAGCUGUCUACAGAAUCUGACCUUAUUGCAGACGGAUCACGUGUCAAUAUUCUACCCACAAUUCCAGGAAAGCAUAGCGAUCUUAGCGCCAUCUCACCGGAAACGAUGUCUGACGUUCUGGACGGCGUCUACGGCAGAAGUGUGGACAAAGUAACGAUUAUAGAUUGUAGAUAUCCGUAUGAAUUUGAAGGUGGUCAUAUCAAGGGAGCUGUUAAUCUAUACACAAAAGAGUCAAUUAAACAAUUCCUCCAAAUAACAGUGACGGCACCAACAAUCAAUCAUGUCCUCGUCUUCCAUUGCGAAUUUUCUUCAGAGAGAGGUCCAAAAAUGUAUCGCCACUUAAGGUCUCUAGAUCGAGAUUUGAACAAAGACAACUACCCUCGACUCGACUUUCCCGAGAUUUAUCUCUUAGAAGGAGGUUAUAAAGCUUUCUUCAACGCACACAAAGAACAAUGUUUCCCGCAGACGUACAAACCAAUGAUGCACAAGGAACACAGAGAGGACUUACGUCACUUCCGGGUAAAAUCAAAGUCAUGGUCAGCAGACGACAGAUCGCGCAAGCUAGAAAUUUCCGGAUCAGGACUUCGACUGCGAUUUUAACAGGACAACUUGCUUAAAAAUCGGAUUAUUGUUGCGAUGAAGUUAAGUUCACAAAAACAGUUUUAGAAGAUAUAUUUGCUGUGACACAGCAAUGACUGAAAAAACUACACAAAUAGUGCUUUACAAAUUUUGACUGUGAUAAUAUUGUUAGAGACAUUCUUUUUGUUAAUGCUAUUGUAUUUUGCCUUUGUUUUGAAACAUCGGAAACGGAAGUGUAAUGCACGUGCAUGACACGGUGCCUUUUCUAUGUCAUAUGU